AUGAAUAAUUCAAGUUAUAAUGAAGAUGACAUUGAAAAAAUCGAAAAACAGAAUAUUGGUGGAAAAGCUUUUCUCAGAUUAACCAUACAAAUGCUUACUAAUGAAAAUGCAGAAGAACACUCUACGUCUAUUGAAGUUAUAACCGCCUCUGAAUUCAAUAAAUUAUGUGAUAACUACCAAAAAAUAUUGAAAGAGAAUAAUAGAAUUAUCAGUAAUAUGCUAAGUGAGAUUAAAAGAUUACAUAGAGGAGAAUAUAGUGUUGAAUUGUUAGACCAGCAAAAUGAUGUCAACACCAAGUUAAUAAAAGAUAAGGAAAUAAGUGAUUUUAUUCCUAAAGAACCUGCCAAUAUAUCUGAUUCAGUUAUAGUUCAACCCAAACAGUGUAAACUCUCACAGAUCAAAAAGGUGACCAUUAAAAUGAACCAUCAAGGGAAAUCGUUAGAGGAUAGGAAAAUGGAUACUUUCUUGGAUAGGGCAAUUAAUACCAGUUGUAUAACAGAACUCUCUAUGACUAGCACUGAACUUAUAACUCUCCUAAAACAGGUUGUUAAAGAAUUGAUUUCAAAGGAAUUAUCUGCAGAGUUAGCGAUAUCCUAUGAAUGUUAUAAUUUCACAUCCUUACCAAAUUCUAUAUCUAGCAAACAUAUUUCAGAUAUUCCAAUUGAUGCUGACCUAACUCUAGGUUCUGUACUUCAUUUAGCUUAUUUAUUUGACAAGGCUGAAAAGACUGAUUAG